AUGAGCAGCAGCAGCGAGUGCCUCCUGCCUUACUACACGGCCCACAACUACCGGUCCAUGGGCGUCUUCAACACCUCCAUGGGCGACCUGCAGCGGCAGCUGUACCGGGGCGGGGAGUACGACAUCUUCAAGUACGCGCCCAUGUUCGAGAGCGACUUCAUCCAGAUCAGCAAGAAAGGGGAGGUGAUCGACGUGCACAACCGCGUGCGCAUGGUCACCGUGGGCAUCGCGUCCACCAGCCCCAUCCUCCCGCUGCCCGACGUCAUGCUGCUGGCCCGGCCCGCCAAGACGGGCGAAGACCACCUGCCCCCCCGCGCCCAUCCCCGGCCCGCCAAGGGGAAAGGCCGCAAGUCCGCCAAGACCCUGGAGCUCACCCGGCUGCUGCCGCUCAAGUUCGUCAAGAUCUCCGUCCACGACCGCCAGAAGCAGCAGCUGCGCCUCAAGCUGGCCACGGGCCGCACCUUCUACCUGCAGCUCUGCCCGCCCUCGGACGCCCGAGAGGACCUCUUCUGCUACUGGGAGAAGCUGGUCUACCUGCUCCGGCCCCCCAUGGAGAGCUGCAGCAGCACCCCGACCCUGCAGACGGGGGACCUGACCAUGGAGGAGGACAAGUGCCUGCUGGUCUCGGAUUUGCAAGGCGAAGGGGACCAGCACGAGCUGAAGCAUCACAGAAACCGGGAUGUCCGUGGCCUCUCCUCGUCGGGCUUCGCGGGGGGCGAGGGCAUCCAACCCACCGCGGCUGGGGGCGGCCCGCCCUCAGCGUCCGGCUCCAGCCCCAUGCCCAACACGGAGGCCUCCUUGGCCGGGAGCCUGGCCUUCGUGGGGAGCACCAGCGGCGGGGUGAGCACGUCCCUGGCCACCAGCAGCAAGGCCGGCCUGUCCUCCUUGGGCCCCGGCGAGCUGACCGGCUUCCAGUCCAUCGCGGGGGCCCUGGCAGUAUCCUCCGAGAGCACCAGCAUGGCUGUGGCCACCAGAACCAGCAAACAGACUCAAGGGAAGGCCUCUCGAAACAAGGCCAAGGCGGGGGGCCCUGCCAAGGAGCCCCUCAUCAAGGGAGACGCCGCCGUGGCCGCCGCCGCCGCCGUGGCCACCGUCAGCUCCCCGCCCCCCACCCCCUUGCCGCCCCUGGUGUCCACUCUGCAGAGCGAAGGCUACAUGAGCGAGCGGGAUGGGAGCCAGAAGACCCCCGCGUCCGGCACGGAAGACCCCAAGGAGAAGAGGGAGAAGAGGGAAAAGAAGGAGAAGAAGGAUCGAAGUCCCUCCCGAAAGAGCCGGCCCCACCCGCCCAAGGCCAGGGAGGGUCACCACCGCCGCUCGGGCUCGGACAAACCCAAGCGCAAGACCUCGUCCCGCCCCGUGUCCCACCGGUCGUCCGGCCGGGGCAGCCGGCGAGAAGGCAAGGACAAAGGGCAGGGUGGCAGCCGGAGGAGAGGGGGCUCCGGGAAGAGCCACCACCGGGGCUCCGUCAAGGAAUCGGGGUCGUCGUCGCAGAAGGCCAGCCACAGCCGCUCCACCGUGGACAGCGCCAGCACGCUGAGCAAGAAGCCCAGCAAGAUCAGCUCCUUCUUCAAGAACUUCCGGGCCACCUCGGACCGGGGCGUGGACAUCAUGGCCAAGACGGUGGAGAAGCACAAUCUCGAGGCCAAGCUGGAGCAGUCAGCCGAGGGCGAGGGGGUGGACAUCUCUGGCAUCAUGACCUCCGAGACCAGGGAGACCAUCAUCAUCGAAACCAAAUCCGCUUAG